AGGGCAGUUUUGGCUCACGCCGCGGUGCCUUGCUUUUUUUUGUUCUCGGAUGCUGGACAUCGGCCGCGGGUCUCGAGAAGGCGUUGUUUCCAACGAAGUGUCGAUCAAGAAUUACGGUCGGACAAGACAAUGGAGCGCAGCACUGCGGUUUUUCCGCGAAGAGAUUCGAUUAGGUGUGCAACUCGUCCCAAGCCACUACGUUGCGACUGUCAGCGCAUGCGGAAAAGGCGCGCAAUGGCAACACGCGCUGUCAGUGCUCAACGAGAUGUGGGAGGCGAAGCUGGAGCCCAACGUCAUCAGCUACAGCGCUGGGAUCAGCGCGUGCGAGAAGCGCGAGCAGUGGCAGCGGGCGCUGGCGCUGCUGACAGUGGCAGCGGGCGCUCGCGCUGCUGAGCGAGAUGCGGGAGGCGAAGCUGAAGCCCAACGUCAUUUCCUACAACGCUGGGAUCAGUUCGUGCGAGAAGGGCGAGCAGUGGCAGCGGGCGCUUGCGCUGCUCAGCGAGAUGCGGAAGGCGAAGCUGAAGCCCGAACCCUAGUCAGCUACAGUGCUGGGAUCAGCGCGUGCGAGAAGGGCGAGCAGUGGUGGCGGGCGCUGGCCCUGCUGAGCGAGAUGCGGAAGGCGGAUGCGGAGCCCGACGUCAUC